CGUGGCAUUCUUUGUUCGAUAAAAAAGCUUUUGGCGUGCACAACGUCUGCGAAGUCGCACGUACCGCUCUUGCUCUAUUAGAAAUGCGCCCAGAAACCGCUGUCCUGCUUCUGAGUCAGAUCCUGCUAACCUUUGGUGACAAGUUCUACCCUGAACUCAGAAGUGACCUGCAACAGUUUCAAGACUCCAGUCGGUGUUAUCCAGACAUCGGAGAGUGGUAUAUGAUAUACAGGAAUUACAACUACGACCCAGAUUUCGGUGGAACCGCAAAGUGCGUGAAAUACAGCCGAUACGGAACGUACCAGAACUUCACAACGCCAUCUGCGUUCUCCUACGGGCAAGGCGUCACCGGGAUUGUAAAGGGUGAAAUGACUUUGACUCCGGCAGACUGCUACUCGGCCAGAAACUCCGUCGGAUUUGUGCCGUACAACAACACGGGUGAUGUGAUUGAGGAAAAGUAUCAAGUAAUUUACACGGACUGCGACACCUGCUUCGUCUUUCGUCACCUUUAUGUUAAUGAUGGAUACGGAUGCACCUUGUGGCGCCGCAUAUCGACGUUCCAUCAGCCAGGUGACUGCUGCGAGUUCAUUUACGACGAGAAUUGCGGCACGUCACCCAAGUACCAAAUAUACCUGCCGUCUUGCGACCCAGGGCUCGGAAUGCCGGGCGUCUAGCACCGGGCUUUAAGAUGACGGCCGGGUUCAAGGAUGGUCUGAACUGGUUUUCAAACACAACACAAUACGUUACGACUCUCUGGAUAGUCCGUCAAUAAAGAAGAUAUCGAUCUGAUGAA